CAUGCGCCUUAGAAGACGCAAAGUACGCCUUGGCGGUGUUUUCCGUGCGUCGAAUUUCGGCGUCUCGGCGCUGGAGAAAGGGAAAGAAAAGGACGAGAAGGUGAAAUACACUGAAACUAUCACAGUCAAGAAAAUCACAAGGAAAGGGGGCCCGAAGAUAAUGGAUCCAGAAUUAAUGCACAGUAUAGUAGGAAGCUAUUCUAAACCGCCAGAAAGAGUGUUUGUUCCAUCAUUCACCCAGAGUAAUGAAACAUCUCAGACUCACCACUCUGUGAACUUAGAUGUUAACACUACUAAAAUGCUUCAUAGUCCAAACAGUCAAGCUCUUAUUUUAGCAUUAAAAAGUCUUCAGCAAAAGAUUCACCGUUUAGAGUUAGAAAGGACACAAGCAGAAGAUAACCUGAACAUUCUUUCCAGAGAAGCAGCACAGUAUAAAAAGGCCUUGGAGGAUGAAACAAAUGAGAGAGAUUUGGCACACCAGGAACUGAUAAAGCAGAAAAAAGGUAUAAGUAUACAAUUAAGUUCAGCCCAGUCUCGCUGUACUCUUCUAGAGAAGCAACUAGAGUAUACAAAGCGAAUGGUUCUCAAUGUAGAACGAGAGAAAAAUAUGAUCCUAGAACAACAGGCUCAGCUUCAAAGGGAGAAAGAACAAGAUCAUAUGAAGCUGCAAGCAAAACUCGAAAAGCUGGAUAUCUUAGAAAAAGAAUGUUUUAAACUUACAACAACACAGAAAACUGCCGAGGUAAGCUUCUACUUGUUUCUUUGAAGUGGUAAUGCCAGG